AACUGCUGUAGUUCGGGUAUUUGGUUUUUGGUUCGUAUAUGCUUUUAAUUUUCAAUGGAUUUCGGUUUUUCAGUCUGGUCUCGGUUUGGAAAAAAGAAAGUUCGGUUAACGGAGUAACUGCUGUCGUUUUGGGCUAAAAGUUGAGUUUUAAUUUGUUAACCUAGGUUUUAAUUUUAGACUUUGUAAGUCGUUUAGUUUCCCUCUGCGUGCGACUGGCAACUGCACUCCCUCUUUGAUUUUUCAAUCAUCAAUUAUCUGUCAGUCUCAUUCCUAAUUGCGGCGGCACUCUCAAGCUUAGCUCCCUCUCAUCUCUCUUCGGCUCUCGGCUCUGGCUCUCUAUAAUGUGUUGCAUCUUGCAAAUUGCAAAUUGCAAUUACAAAGUAAGUCCCUAAAGUUGAAGGCAUAUAAGGUGACGGUCGCCUCCUUUAGUUAAGACAAACAUCGCCAUCGAGUCAACGUCAUCAACUGAGCGAUCAUCGAAUCGUUCUUUACUUCACCGCCUUUACGAGGGAAGGGAAAAAAAGCCAAAGAGUAUCUUUCUUGAGGUUUUCGAAGACUUCUUAACAUGGAUACAAAGAAGGUACAGAGUUCUGUACUAGCAUUUACAGAUGAUACACUUCUUUCUGUAAGUACAAUAGUAAAUGCAGUUAGAGAGCUUGGUCAUGAAGGAGCUGAGCAAUGUGAUCCUCAAGUCGUCACUCAAGCGUCGUCUCUAAGUAAGCUGCCAGUUGAUUCUUCAUCCAUAGAUAUUGUCAUUUCCAUCAGCACGUCACUCCAAUUUCCUGGUGAUCUGUUGUUUGAAGAAAUUUUAAGAGUGUUGAAGCCUGGUGGGACUGUCCUAAUUUACAAAAGUCUUAGGUCGGUGGCAGAGGAAACAGAUGAGGCAAUAGUUGCUCUAGAGCGGAAGUUGUUGUUAGCAGGUCUUUUGGAAGCACAAGUUGUCCGAUCGAAUUCUAUUGGACUAUCUGAAGUUGUUCAAUCUUUUGGGGUUAAGGCUAAGAAGCCUUCUUGGAAGAUAGGGUCAUCCUUUGCUCUAAAGAAGUCCAUAAAAAGUUCAGUAAAGGUUCAGAUUGACGAUGAUUUAAUUGAUGAAGAUAGCCUCCUGACUGAAGAGGACUUGAAAAAACCUCAACUACCACCUGUUGGUGAUUGUGAAGUUGGAAGCACAAGGAAAGCUUGUAAAAACUGCACAUGUGGGAGAGCUGAGGCUGAGGCAGAGGAGAAGGUGAAAUUAGGACCGACAAUGGAUCAGCUGAACAAUCCUCAAUCAGCUUGUGGCAAUUGUGGACUAGGCGAUGCUUUCCGAUGCGGUACAUGUCCUUACAAAGGUCUCCCAGCAUUCAAACUUGGUGAGAAGGUAUCACUGCCUGGAAACUUCCUUGCUGCAGAUUUUUAAAUGUGGGAAAAAAAAACUUGGCCGAAUUAUGUUUUGAUUUGGGCAACGAGAGGCCAUUUGUUUAAUCAAUACUCGGUGGACAGUCCAACUAUUUCGUUUUGGAUUUUCUCUAAAUUGUUGAACGUUGUCUAUCUUCAAACUUUGAUAUAUAAUAUGUAUUAAAUAUCUUAAUUGAACAUCUUGAUAGUUCGGAGUUUUGUCGUUCAUCUCUAUUAAGUAAUUGGAAAUUGAAAUGGAGAUGUUUAAGAGUUCUCAA